AUGGCAACCGAGGGAGAGAAUGAACGGGCCACCGCGCCUGGGCACGCUUGGAGAGCUGAACCUGCCUCGUCUAUCCUUGCUUCGCGUUUCGUACCGCAUCUUGCAACCCAGGGAAAUGAAUCACACAUAACCCGGGAAACAUUUGCACAGCUUCGCCAGGAACUUCUUAAUGAAAUACAGACCCAACUACGCGUUGACGAAGAUGUCACUGAUGUCAACAAACUCAUAUGCAUUGUCUUAAAGGCCGGCCUAGAGAUUAGCCCGAACGGGAGCGAAUCAGAGCAAGAUCUGGAAGGGCAAGUUCUAGAUUGCUUAGAUAUCAUUCAAGCGAGCAUUGAGAAAGCCCCCCAAGCUCUGUGGGAAUCCUCUGACCCUUUGAUCCUGGGCGAGGACAUACAUGCCCCUCUAUUCGCAUGGUUAACCCUACGAUUGAUCCGACUCGCCACCACCUGGACAUCCGAAACUGUUCGAGAAAAGGUCCAACUUCUUUACGCGAGCCUAGCUUAUUCUCAGUUCAAGCAAGCCCGAUUAUUACCUGCAGGCUAUGCCGUUGCUGCAUUUCUGCGAGCUUGCACGUCAGAUAUUUUGUGCUCACUUGAAACAUUUCAACAUAACAAUUCCUGGGAUACACCCGAGUUGUCGAUACCUGCCGUAGAUGGAUCCCUUAUUGAGGACAUCCAAAACCUAGGCCUCUCCCCUGGAUUAUUCAAGAGCAACACGGCCCUUGGAGGCUUUGCGCAGACAGUUUCUCUGGCAUGUCGAUUGCUUGAUUCAUUUUUUCCGAAGGGCGAAGUGCAAUACCGUGCAAAACAUCAUGAUUUCAUCCUCCGCCAAAACUUCUCGUGGGUACUAAAUGGUUUUCAUCGCCUUCGACGGGUUAUUAUUGAGUGGCUGCAAAUAAAAGGAGCACAACUCACCCCGGAAGAUGAAACUGUGCCUUUGCAAUAUUUGACAUAUUUGUACCAAUGCUGCUUACCAGAAUCGACUUUGGCUGGGCUACUUUCAAACAUGAGCCUGACUUCUACUUGGUCUCAAUGCCUGUGUGGCUUUCUGGGCCUUGAGAAUAUAGGGAAACUGCCUUCUGUCCAAGUUAUCCUAAGUCGCUUCGUGUUUGAUUUGAUAGAGACUGCAAAGUCCUCUCAACCUCUGGCGCAGCAAUUGAGGGAAGCCCUGCUUCCAGUGUUGACAGAAGUUAGAGAUGGCAAUUCCAACUUCCAGUCCCUUGAGUCGUGUCUCUGGAGUCCUCUUCAGACCUUGUAUUCCCAGCUUCUAGAUACAGCACUGCCUUUGACAGUGUGCUCGCCCAAAGCGUUACCAGGGGAUGUUUUUGAGGAGUCAGAUACGGCAUUGAGAGGCGGGGUUUUACACCAGGCGAAUCCGAAUGAAUAUGCCCGGGCUUCGAAACGGCUCUGUCUUCCAGGUCUACCGAUAAGGUCCACCAAUCAUGGCCUGUUUCAUUUGCUUGUGGGGAAUAUAUCAGCGAUCCUUGAAUCCGACUGUGGCAAAACGAUGGCAGAUCUGCGCACCUCCAUCCAAAUAUCCUAUGAGGAACUUUCUGAAUCCAGAAAAACAGAGCUAUUGGACACCCUAGGUAAAAUUUGCUGUGCAAUGGCAGAGAAGCUUUUGAGAAAGCCCUCGGAUGUCAUAAAGCGCGACAUGCUCUUUUGCCCAACAUGUGAUACAUAUCAGUAUCAGAAUGAUCGUGCGAGAAAUGAGGAGCAUCCUGGAUUUGAGGAGAUAUGGUCACUAUUCAAUUACAUCCUACCCAGGCUUACGCGCACGCCUGGCCCUCGGAUAUCUGCAAUGGUUGCACUCAGGAGAAUUCUGAUGCACGCCCCAAACUCCAAUCAAAUGCAUAUUUCAAACUCUGCCGCCGGAGAGUUUUGUCUUCACUCGCUCCGGAGUUCAAUCAGAGAAUUGCGUGUUGCAACCGGACAUUCAGUGGUAGCUUUCGUGCGCUCAAAUCUACCAGGAGAUAUCCGUCGGGCUAAUUUCGUUGUUAUUCUUGAGUGGCUUAAAAAUCUUUCCGGAAAAGAUGAUAUGCCGUUACAGGAAGCUUGUAUCAUAACACUCUGUGGGCUGGCAACUGUCUCGGAGGACGAAGAGAAGAACAUCAUUCUCCUUCGGCUCUUGGAGUACCUUGGUCAUCCAAACCCCUACAUUUGCGCCGUAGCAUACAACGAAUUAUCCAAACUUGCCCAACGAUUUUCCUUGACUCCUGCUGGUCUCUUUCGGCCUUACUGGAGGACUCUUUCGGUGACUGUAGUCAAGAACCUGCAAUCUCGCCCGUAUAUGGCUGAACAGCUAUGUGAUUUGCUUGGCAUGAAGGUUGAUGGGUUUCUACGGUUGACAGAAGUCCAUGUCUUGCCCUAUCUGGUUUUGACAAGAAAACGAGACAUUAUUUGCAGGAUUGGAGCUAGUCGCAACGAAGGCGAAUCUGCUUUUGAUGUUUGCUCGGAGAAGAAUAAUCUGGCUGCAAUCCUCGCUUUCCUCCUGUCUCAGCAAUCAGACAACCCGGAGGGUAUGAUCAUGUCCCUUUUAGCAGAGAUAGAUCCCGCAUUCAAGGGUCGAUCUUUGGCGGAGUUGGUGAGGAUUGAACCAAUUCUCAUUGCUUGUGACUUGCUGAAGAGCCUGGGCGAUGCAGGUGAGCAAAAAAAAGAAAGGUUCAACCAAGCCCUCCAUCGAUUAGCCACAUUUGUUCCGCGAAAGAUUGCACAUAGAAGUUCGUCAAAGAAAGCGGAUCUAAGCCACUUCAUUGAGGAGCACGUUCUCGGUAUUAUCACGCAAUUCGCAAAUGCGAUUAACGACUUCCAAGUUAGACAAACGUUAGCAGAGAAGAGAAGAAACAUCAAAGCCAUAGAAGAAAUGAUCAACAUCGCCCAGGGUCAUGUUAGCAGUGCAUUGCCUCAAGUUUGUGCAUGUCUUCGAUCCGCGCUGGAGAUCGAGGAACUGUGCGAUUAUGCAUUCUCCGCGUGGAAGACAUUGAUCAGUUCUCUCAGUGAAGAGGACCUUGAGCCAAUAAUUGAUCAAACCCUAGCGAUUGUGAUUAGAUAUUGGGAUAAUCUAACUGAAGAGAGCAGGAACCGCGCAUGUCAACUCAUCGAUCAUAUCUUAACGAAUCACUCGGGUCUUGUACGAGAUACCUUCGACACCAUGCCUUCGCUUGCAUCCAUCCCGGAGAUGGCUGCCUUUGAUGCCAAAGUCAAUGACCUGAGAGCACAAAUGGACGUUCGAAGCCAGUUUCUGGCGUUAAUUCGUCGCUGCCAGAGUGAGAAUGCCACCGUUGUUGAGCAAGCUCUAAUGGAAUUGGCCCCUUUUCUGUCAGAAAAUGAGGAGUUUCUCCAUGACUCUGUUCUGAGUGAACAACCUGACCCUGUGAUUGCUCAGCUAACUAGGUCAUUGCUGGAUUGUUGUGUUAAGUUCAGUAACACCUCAGAUAGCAUUACUCUACUGUCGGCUCGAUGCCUGGGGCUUGUCGGCUGUCUCGAUCCAAACCGAGUUGAAACCAUCAAAGAGAAGAAGGAUAUACUUGUUUUGUCCAACUUUGACAGAAUGGAAGAAACAGUCGCAUUCAUUCUUUUCUUCCUCCAGCAUGUUUUGGUCGAGGCAUUCUUGUCUGCUUCCAAUACUAGGGCCCAGGGGUUUCUGGCAUGGGCCAUGCAAGGCCUGCUCAAAUUUUGCAAACUGAAUGCGGUGUUAACCCAACGCUCUCGCGAUUUGCAAGGCGAUGAGAAGUAUCAACGCUGGAUGGAACUUCCGGAAAGUGUUCGCAACACUCUUACGCCUUUUCUUACAUCUACCUAUACGGUCACUGUCGUAGCCAAUCAUACUGAGGUCAACUAUCCGCUCUUUUCUCCUAAAUUGACUCACAGUGAGUGGCUUCGCACACUGGUGCAAGAUCUUCUACAAACUGGGAAUGGAGACAACGCAAAAAUGGUCUUCUCAAUAUCGAGUCGUGUUGUGAAGGGUCAAGACAUUUCCAUCUCUUCGUUCCUUUUACCAUUCGCGGUCCUGAAUCGCAUCGUGGGUGGGACCGAACAAGAACAACAAAAUCUUCAACACGAAUUGAUGAGUGUUCUUUCACAUCCUAUACCGGAGACAAAUAACAAUGCUCGGGAGACAAUCAUCAGCAGUAGCCAGAGCGUUUUCGAAGUGCUAGACUACCUGUCUAGAUGGCUACAAGGAAAGAAAAAGCAUCUCAAUGGCCUCAACCACAAUUCCAACCAAACGAGUCGUUCCCAUAAAGAUCCAAGCCGCGACGCGCUCAUUGAUAAAUACUCAUCACAGAUCAAGUCUGUCGAAAAUCUCUUAUCCUCAAUACCGCCAGAGAUCAUCUCUAGGCGAGCUGUUGAAUGUAAAUCAUUCUCCAAAGCACUUUUCCACUGGGAACAGUAUAUUCGAAAAUCCAAGAUUCAGGGAGAAUCACAGGAGCGAUCCAGCCUCGAGCCUCUAUACCAAAGAUUACAAGAUAUCUAUAGCCAGAUUGACGAACCUGAUGGAAUCGAAGGCAUUUCAAGCCAUUUGUCUGCACUAGACAUUGACCAGCAGAUCCUUGAGCACCGGAAAGCUGGGAGAUGGGCCACGGCGCAGAGUUGGUACGAGCUACAACUCGAGAAGGAGCCUGACAAUGUCGAUGCGCAAUGGAACCUUGUGACCUGUCUCAAAGAAUCUGGCCAGCAAGAUGCUAUUCUGACUCGUUUCGAGGUUCUCAAAGAAAAUGAGUCAGCGGCUUCACGGUUUCUGCCCUUUGCGGUUGAAGCUUCAUGGAUAAUGGGUAGAUGGGAUAAGCUAGAGGGUUAUCUUGACCUUUGUGCCAAACAAGAAACCGAAGAUUUCAACGUUGGGAUAGGCUCAGCUCUUGAUGCUCUUCGUCGAAAGCAGGCUGAGGCAUUUACUGAUAAAAUCAACGAGCUCAGGCUCAACGUUGCCCGAUCACUAACCACAAACUCGGUGGCAUCACUACAAGCAUGUCAUGAUGACAUGCUCCAGUUACAUGCUUUGUCGGAGGUCGAAUCCAUUGCUAAAGCACAAUCAGGUCAAUCGCACCCGAGCCUGCUAGGUGCCCUAGACCGACGCUUGGAUGUUUUGGGUGGCUAUCUUACCGAUAAACAAUACCUAUUGGGAUUGAGACGAGCCGCAAUGGAGCUAACGGGCGAAUUUGCGGAUUCUGAUAUAUCCGCUGCAUGGCUCACUAGUGCUCGUCUUUCAAGAAAAGGCAAUUUCAGCAGUCAAGCGUAUCACUCGAUGCUCAAUGCAGCACGGUUGAAAGACAGAUCUGCUUCCAUCGAACACGCGCGACUCCUCUGGAAAGACGGGCACCAUCGAAAAGCCAUUCAGACUCUAGAGGGUGCGAUUUCUGCCAACGAAGUUACCCCGAGUACAUCUUCUUCGGUCGAAAUUGAAGCCAUGUCGUUUCUUUCAGGUCGUGGGCAACAUCAAAAUGAAUCUACUGCUCUUGCCCAUCUUAUGCUAGCCAAAUGGACAGACAGGGCUGGCCAGACGCACUCUCAGGCGAUUGUUCAGAGAUACCGGGAGGCCAUCAAGCUGUAUCCAAAGUGGGAAAGGGCACAUUAUUACCUGGGGAAACAUUACAACAAAAUUUUGGAGUCUGAGAAGGCCAAGCCCAUGGGAAAAGAAGCUCAAAUAUACCUGAGUGGAGAAGCCACAAAGCUUGUCAUUGAUAACUAUCUUCGCUCGCUGACAUAUGGGACCAAAUAUGUCUUCCAGACUUUACCCAAGCUUCUGACCCUCUGGCUCGAACAUGCCUCGAUUGUUGAACAGCCCAUUGAUCCGAAAAGAGGCGAUAACGAGGAAUUUCAAAAGCAUACACAAGCGCAACGCAAGAAAAGCCUCGAUGAUAUGCAUGCACAACUGAAGAAAUUCAUCGACAAGCGCUUACAAGCGGCUUUGUUGUUCACAAUCCUUCCCCAAGUGGUUGCCAGGAUCUGCCACCCUAACAUCACAGUCUAUGAUCUGUUAACGCGGAUUGUAGCCAAAGCGGUUCACAACUUCCCACAGCAAGGUCUCUGGACGGUCCUUGCCGUUGUCAAGUCAUCCAAUAAGGAGCGAGCUAAAAGGGGAUAUCAUUGCCUGCAGAAAAUCAUAGACUACGGUAACAAGUCAAAGGGAGAAUCCUCAACGGCGUCGGAAAUCCGUCGCAUGAUUACUCAAGGUACAAAGUUCUCGGAGGAAUUACUUCAACUCUGCCUUGCUCCGGUGGAGGAAAAGUCAUCUCGAGUUCAACUCGGUCGCAAUUUAGGGUUUAAUCACAAAGUCGCGCCAUGCCGAUUAGUGGUACCUUUCCAAGCAAUGUUGAUCCCAAGUCUCCCUGCCAGUCAGAACAUCGAAUACAUCAAAGGCUUCAGGGCCUUCCCUCGGGAUCCAACAACUAUUGAGGCUGUUUUGGACGAAGCACAGAUUUUGAACUCGCUUCAAAAGCCACGCAAAAUCAGCCUGCGAGGAUCUGAUGGGAAAAUCUAUAACGCGCUUUGCAAACCCAAAGAUGAUUUACGCAAGGAUCAACGUCUCAUGGAAUUUAACAACAUGAUCAAUCGGUUCCUAAAGAGAGACGUCGAAUCAAGCAAGCGGCGCAUGUAUAUCAAAACAUACGCUGUGACGCCUCUAAAUGAGGAAUGCGGUCUUAUUGAAUGGGUUGAUAACCUCCGCACACUGAGAGAGAUCGUCAUCAAGUUGCUGCGCGAAAGAGGCAUUUCACCAAACUACAAUGAGAUCAGGCAUAAUUUGAACGAGAUCUGCGCCGAUCGAUCAUUCGCAAAGUUACCCUUAUUCACCACUAACAUUCUGGCCAAGCUCCCACCAGUUCUCCAUGAAUGGUUCAUCGAGAUGUUUCCUGAAACAGAGGCAUGGUUUACAGCGAGACUAAGGUAUACACGGUCUUCUGCUGUGAUGUCAAUGGUGGGAUAUGUCCUUGGUCUGGGUGAUCGACAUGGCGAAAACCUUUCAUUCGAAGAAGGAACAGGCGGCCUCCUACAUGUUGAUUUCAACUGUCUCUUUGACAAGGGUCAAACUUUUGAAAAGCCCGAGGUGGUACCAUUCCGAUUGACUCAUAACAUGAUCGAUGCCUUUGGUGCUUACGGGUAUAAUGGUCCCUUCAGACGGACUUGUGAAAUCACGCUCAGCCUGCUGCGACAAAACGAGGAUGCCUUGAUGACUGUACUCGAGACAUUUUUGCAUGAUCCAACAACCGAUUUCAUUGGGAAGAGGCGUCGCACCCAUGUGAAUGUCCCGGACACACCAGCUGGCGUUUUGGAAGAUGUUCGAAACAAACUCCGUGGUUUCAUGUCUAAGCAGCCCAUUGCGCUUUCGGUGGAUGGUCAGGUGGAUGAACUGAUCAUACAAGCAACGGAUAAAAAGAAACUGGCGUCAAUGUACAUCGGAUGGUGUUCGUUCUUCUGA